AAAAAAAAUUAAGUUCGUUCAAUUUGUCAAAAAGUCGAAUUACUAUUACAUUAUUUAAUUGUGUUCGGAGUAUAUUAGACUAAUUGAAGAGAUGUAUCUAAUUACAAAGUGUCCGCCACAGGCUUUGACGUGACGUCGAUUGCGAAAGGUCAUGAUUCACUUCACACCCAAAUUCCUUCUUUUAAUUCGUUAACAAUUCGUUAACAAUUCCAGUCCGAAUAAUUUGCCUGCGCGUGACGGUGGAAUUAAAUGAAAUAAAAUAAUUUGUAACCUUUUAAAUAAACUAUGAACAUAGUAAUAGCAGAUUAUUAUUCAUCAACUUCACAAAAUAAUCGAAUGAAAAUAGGUGUAGUUUAAAUACGAUUCGAUAUUAAACUCCUCGAGAGAUCCCGUUGGAAUCAAUAACAUGAAGAGCCGCGAAUAAUAACACAGUUCCGUGAUCGACUGUAAAAGAAUAAAAAAUUGAUCGAUUCUAAAUAUUUUUAUUUCGUCGUUGAGUAAAAUUUAUCAUUUUGGAUCAUAAAUUGGACAAGAAUUUUUCUCGAUUGGUCUGAUAUAUAUUGUUUAUACGAUAUAUAUGUACGUAUGGAACAUUCGCGAGAUAGUAAUUGCGUUGAUAGUGAAUACGAAAGUGAUUCCUUAGAAACGAUGGAAGCUCAUGAGAAACGUCCAACGAAAACGAUAAGGCCAUUUUGGGAAACUGAUUGGAAAAUGGCUUGGGACAUGUCCUAUAACGAGAUUUAUGCAAUAAUUAGAGCGAUACUGCUGGUGUUUUCGAUAUUCUAUUGGUGCUAUUACAGCCUGCAAUAUGGACCAAGGGAGUUCACUAUUUUGGAGAAUGAACAGGUCCUUCCUGGUUUCGUUUUCUCAAAGAAGGCCAUUAUAGCUUUUUCCUAUGGUUAUUCCAAUUGGAAUUCUAUAAUAUAUGCUAUUUCAGCUAUUAUGAUGAUCUAUUCGAUCAUCUGGGUGAGUGAAAUAAUCAAUCGAAUUGCUCUUUAUCCCACAGAGCUGCAUAUUUCUAACAAUCCUUUCAGAAACGGCCGCUAUUUAGUUUACCUCUCAUGGGUUUUUUCUUGACGGAAAUGAUGUGUGACUUCUGUAAUGUUAUUGUGGUGAUAUGGUUGGUUUUCAGGAACCUUCAACUACAGACUGCGCUACCUUACACCGCGAUGAUUCUUCUCAUGAUUGGUAAGGAGAAUCUUUCGUUCCGCUCAGUGGAAGCUAGAGUUUACUCAUUACUGAAAUCACUCUGCUAAAAAAAAAGCUUUCUAUUUUCUGUUUGCACGCUUAGUAGCGGAAAUAUGGAUGUGGCUGGGAGUUGUGCAGCUCUACGAACAUCGAGUCUACAAAUUGUGCUAAGUGAUUCGGCAUAUACAUUUAACUCUCUCGACGACGACGGAAUUGAUAUAAAUUUAUGCACGAGUUUUAGAAAUACACUUUAUAUAAUUUGUAUGUAUGUGUGUAUUCUUCUAUAUUAUGUAUAAAAUUUCUUCGACAAUUACUUGCAG